CUGCUAAAGCCUGACUCUCCCAGGGCUGCAUGCCAGAACUGUAGCCCCCACCAUGGGCCUGGAGCUGUACCUGGACCUGCUGUCCCAGCCCUGCCGCGCUGCCUACAUCUUCGCCAAGAAGAACCGCAUCCCCUUCGAGCUGCGCACUGUGGACCUGCUCAAAGGCCAGCAAGUCAGCAAGCAUUUCUCCAAGCUUAACAGCUUGCGGAAGGUGCCUGUCCUCAAGGAUGAUGACUUCGUCUUGACUGAAAGGCUGCAUGGGUGCAGAGUCCAGGAGAAGGACGCUGAGCCCUGGAGAGUCGGAGAGGGACCAGACUCCAACCGGUGUGCUAGACAUGACUCCAACAUACAGGCAUGAAGCAGGCAACCACUAGAGAGGCCUCUGGGGCCGGCCCCAAUGCCAACUACGUGGGCACCCUCACCCUGCACCCUAGAGGAAUGCGCUUCAGAGGACAGCGCUGAAGCUACAGCCGAGGAAGAGGGGCGUGUCUGAUCAUGUGCAGUAAAUGAAGAGGGAAGGAGAGAGAGUGGAACACACCCUGGUCCACCAAGCCCCGAGGACCAUAUUCCAGCUGAGAGCGGCCAAGGCCCAGAGAGGAUCACAGGGCCGGCCCCACCACGAGACACGACGACGUCCCUCACGGACACAUAGUGCUGAGUGGGACAGCACUCGUGGCGGGGGCUGGGGGAUAGGCCCGAUCUGACCCCACCAUGCCAGGGGAACACUAGGGGCGUACAGCAACAAAGCAACAAAGUCCCCGAGGAAUGCCAAAGGUGCACUUUGGGGCCAGGGCAUGGCAACCCAGCAGA